AACGACGUACACCGGAAAGAGGAGAGUUGGCAGGCGUCUUCGGCAACUAAUAAAGGAUGUGUGUGUUUCUUCUGCCUGUCUUUUUCCAGCUCUUUCUGCAUGCUGAUCACUGAGUUCAGUUAGAGCAAACGGGAAGCCUCAGUGUAGAGGAGCUGCAGAACAAAAGGCGCCGACCUCAUGAUGACCUUCAAACUGAGCGCGCUGCUGCUGGUUCUGGCCGCCAUGACGGUUCUGGCAGCGGCCCAAAGGCGACGCCCAACAACCAAAACCAACGAUGAGUGGAACUACAGAGACGGAGCGGAGCGGGUCAGCAUGCGGGGCGUGGCCAACCUGACCCAGGUUCUGGACGACUGGCGGUUCGACAUCCUGACCCAGAUGAAGGGCCUCCUGCAGAACGACCAUCAGUCUCUGCUGCCCGACUACGGCAGGAUCAACCCGCUGUCUGAGGCCUUAGACGACCUCUACAAGGAGUUCAACGCCCUGAAGGAGCGCCUCGGCGACCUGACGGAGAAGUUCACCGCCAUAGAAAGCUUCAUCGACGAAGUGAAGGCCAGUCGAGCCAGUAACACCGGAGCGGGUCCAGCUCCGGCUCCGGGUCAGGGUCAGGGUCAGGGUCAGGGUCAGGGUCAGGGUCCGGGUCCAGUCCAACGGCAGGGUGGACGGAGGAUGAUAAGGAAGAAAACCACCACAGCAACCUCCACCUCAACUUAAACCCCUCUGGCUUCUGCUUUCUUCCAGCUUCAGUGUCUGCAGAUGAACCCAGACAUCCUCACUCCCAAGGCAUUAAACUCUGAGCAGCUCCUGCAGAAAGACUUUGUCAUUUUCUCACUUUGAAACCGGAGAAAAAUCCCUCAAAAUGGCCACCAGGCAGACCUGGACAGAAACCCAAAAACUGUGCUGAAGUAACAGCAGAACGACAUCAACAUGUUUUUACUCCAGUAAAAGUAAAAAGUACAACGUAGUAAAAGUAGAUUUUUAAUUUGAGUAAAUGAGAAUAGUUACUACCGAACUCUGCCGUCAGAUUAGAUUCCCGGUUUCUCCAAAGUUUCUCCAAAGUUUCUCCAAAGUGUCGACAUGUCAGAACGCUGACCGUGAAUUUUACACCGAGGGCGAUAAAAUCAUCUCACUCACUUUUCACAUCACAUUUUCAGAGAAUAAAACCUUUAAUUUCUUGUUAUUGUGGAGGUUUCUGGACGGUUUGACCUUCAACUGUCAAAACAGGAAGUGAAGCUUCAUUUAAUGGCUACGCUGCAAAAACACAAAAUCAUACCAAGUAUUUUUGUUUAGUUUCUGGUGCAAAUAUCUUAGUGCACCUGAAAUAAGAUAAAAUUAACUCAUUAGUAACUUUUCAGCAAAUAUAGCAGCUUGUUGUGAGUCAAUUAUUUCUUAAAAUUGAGGAAAAAAGGUUGAGUUCCACUGCUAGAUUAUUUUACUGAUAAUGUAAAAUAUCAGUAAAUAUUGGAAAAUAUCUUGUGUAAGUGAAUUUAUCUAACAAUGGUACUGCCAUUUUUCAUCAGUAUUAAUGAAUCAUUUCAUUAAAACAAGUUCCUGUAUCUUCCUGAAAAGUUACUUGUAAGUUAAUUUUAUCUGAUUUCAUGUGGACUAAGAUAUUUGCACCAGAAACUCGACCAAAAUUACUUUAUAAGAUUUUGAGUUUUUGCAGUGUAAAACCUUCCUGAGGAUUUAAAUUUAAAUUUUACCUUAAAGAUCUUAAAGGCAUUAAUUUAUGUGAUUUUGCUACAAAAGCUACUUAGAAAAAAGGGUAGAGUAAUUUUUUUUAGCUUUUCUUUCAGAUUAUUAGUCAAAUAAAUGUAUGAAUCUGUUUCAGAAACUAAAGCAUUUUAAGUAUCUUUGCUGUUUUGUUUGUUAGCUCAGUUAGCUCAGUUAGCUAAGUUAGCUCGGUUAGCUCAGUUAGCUAACGCCUUUGUUUGGGACCUGAAAGCUGAAAUGCGAUGCCUUGGGAGUGAUUACAAAGCACAAUUUUAUCUUGUUUUUCCAGAAGCCUGUUCUGUCUCAUUUAUUAUUAACAAAAGUAGAAAUUAAACCAGAAGAGCAGAUGAGAAACCUAAUUGGCCACGAGCUUUAAAAGCUGUCAACAUGGCUUUUAUUCCUGUAUUCUUGCUAAAAAAUAUCCAUGUUUUCCUUUUUACGGUUUACUAAUUAAUGCAGCCAGAGGACACAAAAACACAAGUACUUGUUCAAAACAACCUGAAUAAUAAAGAAAAAAACUUUAUAAGGUGAAAUUAUGGGCUGGGCUGCAGUGAUGAAUAUGAAAUACGGAAAAAGAAAAAGCUUUCUCUGCUUAAUAUAACCUGAGACUGAAUCAAAAGCAGCAAGAUGAGGGAAGAAUCAUAAAAAGUGAUGCUCUGAAUAAUAAACUGCACAGAGAAAGUAAGUUCAUCUCUGAAUCUGAGUAUUUACAUGAAGCUCUUUCAGAUUUCCAGGCUUCUGAAAUGUUCUUGCGGUCUGCGCCUCGUCUCUGUUCUUCCAUUGUAACCAAAUAAACUCGUUUGUUGCAUUCA